GCGUCUACUCCGCAGCGUCUCGCACCUAUACGAAGCUCCUCCCCUUCUUGUGCCUUGCCGGGGUGAAAACCAAUGCAGUGCCGCUCCCAAUUCACAAUUAGUCAUUCACUGCUGCAGUCUCUCAGCUACAUCAUCUGUGUUUCCUCUAUCCUCCACACUCCACGAGAAAAAGAUUGCCAAGCUAAAAGCUACGAGAAUGGAACUUAUGGGACGUUCCGUAGUAGAUAUGUUCACCAAGAACGUCGGAGCUGCCAGGCUUCUUUUCGAACAUCGUCGAAACAAGUCCGCUUCGAACGUGUGCAAUCCGCUCGACUUUUGCGUCAGGUCGAACAAUCUGGAGUGGGCAAAAUUUUUCUUCCAGUUUGACCGUGAGGAAUUAGUGAGUUCAAACACCCUGUUGCUGGCUGCCAGGUACGCAGACGGAAAAAUGUGGAACUGGUUGUUUAGAAACGCCGUCGAUGACGGUUCCUUGGACUCUUAUUGGAAACAUUUAAUCUUGCGCUUGGCUGCCAGUAACAAAGAGCACGGACAUGAGGUCAUCCCCCUCCUUUCUCGCUACAAGUACCACGUGAACGAUGUGGGGCUCGAUGGGAAAACUCCUCUGACCAUCGCCCUGGCCGACCAGAACAUCAGGGCGGCAGAGCAGCUGAUCAGGAUUGGUGCGAGUAUUCAAUUCAGAGUGGCAGGCUACAAUCUGCUGCAGAUCUGCGCCAUCAACAGCCUGACGGACAGCGUGAAAUUCCUGUACGAAUUAAACGAGCGAGUUUUGGUCCGGCAAUUUUCAACUUACGGAGAAAGCAUUCUCAUGGUGGCCGCCAUGUUCGGGACCAAGGAGAUGUGCGAGUGGCUCCACGACGAGAAGCAACAAAAGAAGGAGGCCGUCUGCAACAAGUUCAACGCGACUGUCACCCACUACGCCGCGUACAACAAGAAACACGGAAUCGAGAUCAUCGACUUCCUUGGUCGCGACAUCGUCCUUAAACAGGUGCACCACAAGAACCAAUUCGGCGAGACGCCGCUGCACUGCGCCCUCAAGUCAGGAAAUACCGCCGUGGCGAGCCAUUUGAUCAACGAAUACAACGCCGACCUGCGCGUGAAAACGCGCAAAUUGAAUCUGCUUCACUUCUGCGUGAUGAAUAACCAGCUAGAAAGCGCCAAAUUGGUCCACAAACUAAAUAGAAACCUGAUCAAGAUCAGGGGCCAAGGAGGGAAGAACCCUCUGCACGUUGCUGCUGAGUACGCUGAUCUGGAACUUUGCCUGUGGCUCGUCGAACAGGGCGUUAACCCGAUGCAUACGACCUUUCAGGGAGAGACCGUACUCAACCUCGCCAGGGACAAUGAAGACGUGCGGACUAAUUUCAAUAAACUGUUGUCCUUAUAUUAUAAGCUUAAAAAAAUCGAAAUUCCAAAAUAA